UUGGCCGGAGCCGCAACCCACGAGAACGGUAGUACUCCGGUCCUCUUAAGAUAGCCUUCUAAGGCACAUACAUGUAACUUUACGAAUCUAAAACCCCUACUUAACUUUUUGGAAAAACGGAGAGAAAGAAAGUGGUUAGACCCGAGCGUCGGCCAUGGCAGCCAACGGGACGCCCGAGACGGACGAAUUUUGGAUAUUUGGCUACGGGAGCUUAAUAUGGAAACCCCCUCCACAUUAUGAUCGCAGAGUGCCCGGUUGGGUCACAGGCUAUGUCCGGCGGUUUUGGCAGGCAAGUCAAGAUCACCGCGGCACACCCGAGGAGCCCGGUCGGGUCGUAACUCUAAUCGAGCGGUCAUUCUGGGCCUCUCUAGCGGACGCCCAUGACUCGGCGCCCGAAAAGGUCUGGGGCACCGCGUAUCGUAUCAAAGCCGACAAGGUUGCCGAAGUAAAAGAGUACCUCGACAUCCGGGAGAUCAACGGAUACACGAUCCACUACACGCCCUUCCAUCCGGCGGACGGGUCGGCCUCGAUCCGCACGCUGGUCUAUAUUGGCACGCCCGACAACGACCAAUUCACGGGCCCUCAGGAUCCCCAGGCUCUUGCUGAGCACAUAUACGUCAGCGAGGGGCCGAGCGGCCUAAACCGGGACUAUCUGCUGAGUCUGGAGAAGGCGCUUGACGAGUUGAGCCCCGAGAGCGGCGACGCUCAUGUGACGGAUCUGUCCAAUCGGGUGCGUGAGAUCGAGCGCAAGCGUCGUGCGGGCGAAUUGCAGGUUGAAGGGUUUGAACGUCCUGUAUCCCACGAGUUCAAGAAGGUGAGCAGUGUGGACGAGCAGGAAGAGACAGAGAAGGCGUGAGUAGUGUGCUAAGGGAGAGGGUUUCAUGGUUAU